AUGGCGACGGCGCGGAGGAGGCUGUUGGCGUUGGCGCUGGCGUUGGCGGGGGCGGUGGUUUUUCUUGGCGUUCCCGGGUCCGGACUCAGGUCUGGACUCAGGAGGACUUCGUCGGGGCGGUCGCGGGCGUCCGGGGGUCUCACCGGACACGACGCCAAAGGAGCGCCGCUGAGGAGGUCCAAACGGGGCUGGAUGUGGAACCAGUUCUUUCUGCUGGAGGAGUACACGGGCACGGACAUGCAGUACGUGGGCAAGCUCCACUCGGACGGCGACCGCGGCGACGGCAGCGUGCGCUACGUCCUGACGGGAGACGGCGCCGGGACCCUGUUCAAGAUCGACGAGAAGUCCGGAGACAUCCACGCCACCAAGCGCCUGGACCGCGAGGAGAAGGCGUACUACGUCCUGCACGCCAAGGCCGUCAACCGCUUCACCAACGUGGCCCUGGAGGGAGAGUCCGAGUUCAUCAUCAAGAUCCACGACAUCAACGACAACGAGCCGCGCUUCACCAAAAACCCCUACUACGCCCGGGUGCCCGAGAUGAGCGAGAUCGGUACGUCGGUGAUCCAGGUGACGGCGACGGACGCGGACGACGCCACCUACGGGAACAGCGCCAAAGUGGUGUACAGCAUCCUGGAGGGGCAGCCGUACUUCUCUGUCGACCCGGAUACAGGUUUGAUAAAGACGGCUCUCCCGGCGAUGGACCGCGAGGUGAGGGAGCAGUACCAGGUGGUGAUCCAGGCCAAGGACAUGGCGGGACAGAUGGGGGGUCUGUCCGGGACCACGACCGUCAGCAUCACCCUGUCCGACGUCAACGACAACCCCCCCAGAUUCACCAAAGCGCUGUACGAGUUCCGUGUGCCCGAGUCUCUGGAGGUGGGGGAUCCCGUGGGUGCUCUUCGCGCCGUGGACGCCGACAUCGGGGAAAACGCCGACAUGGAAUAUCACAUCACCGGGAGCGACGGGGCCGGACAGUUCGAAAUCACCACCAACAAAAGCAACCAGGAGGGGGUGCUGCGCCUGCGCAAGCCGCUGGACUUCGAGCGUAAGCGUCAGUACAGCCUGCGGGUCCAGGUGGAGAACGUGCAGGCGGGGCCCCGGGCGGCGGCGGCGGGGCCCUUCGCGGACGAGGCGACGGUGAAGGUGGUGGUGGAGGACGUGGACGAGGCGCCGGUGUUCGAGCGAGCGCACUACGUCCUGGAGGUGAAGGAGGACGCCCACCGGAACACGGCCGUCGGGUCCGUGAGCGCCGCCGACCCCGACGACAGGAGGAGCCCCGUCAGAUAUUCCAUCGACCGACGCACCGACAUGGACCGAGUCUUCAACAUUCACGCGGGAAACGGCUCCAUCUUCACCCUGAGAGAACUGGACCGAGAGGAGAACGCCUGGCACAACAUCACCGUCAUCGCCACGGAGUUCAACAACCCUCGCCUGAUGAGCCGCGUUCCCGUCUACAUCCGAAUCCUCGACGUCAACGACAACCCGCCCACGUUCGCCGCCAACUACGAGACGUUUGUGUGCGAGAACGCCAAAGCUAACCAGGUACUAAACCAGGACUAA